AUGGCCGCCGAUGGCAGCACCCAGCCGGACUCCUCGACCCAGGCGGCGCUGCAAGGCGUGCCAGAGUUCCACCCGCGCACGCGCGCCAUAUCCGCCUCGAUCGACCCCGUCGCGCUCGUCGUCACAGAAUGCAUCACCGUCACCUCGGCCAUGCGCAAGCAUGCGCGUUGGGCCCAGUCUUCCGUGUCCGCCAUCCUAGGCGGCGGCGCCGCGAAGCCGCUGGCCAUACAGCGCAUCGAGAAGGGCGAGGGCAAUGCCGCGAGCAUAAAGCUGGGCUCCGGCGACGAUGCCCUCGCCGGACGAUGGGGUCUCCGUGGCAAGAAGGGGAGGAGCAUGCAGGACAAUCCCCUUAUGUCGGCCUUCACGCGCCUACGAAGUGACUUGAAGGGCUGCAAUGAUAUCCGCAGCUUCGACACGCCCGCCUUACUCCAUCCGUUCCUACAGGUCAUCCGCUCGUCGUCGACCUCCGCACCCAUAACCUCGCUGGCGCUGAUUGCCAUAACAAAGUUCCUCUCCUACAACAUCAUCGGCCGCGACUCGCCCCGCUUGCCUCUGGCCAUGCAACUUCUUUCGUCCGCCAUCACACACUGCCGCUUCGAGGCCACUGAUACUGCCGCGGACGAGAUUGUACUUCUGCGGAUAUUGAAGCUUAUGGAGAAUAUGAUUUCCGGGCCAGCUGGUGAUCUAUUGAGCGAUGAGAGUGUUUGCGAAAUGAUGGAGACUGGCUUAAGCAUGUGCUGCCAAAUUCGCCUUUCCGAGGUUUUGCGGCGGUCUGCCGAAAUUGCCAUGGUUACCAUGUGCCAGGUGAUUUUUGAGAGAUUGAAGCAUCUCGAAAUUGAGGCAGGUGACGACCCGGGAGCUCUUGAGGCUAGCACCAAGGACGACAUGAAUGCCGUCAAAAUGGACCCAACGGCGAACGGAGACUCUUUAGCUGUACCGGGGAGCGUGCCCGAAGCAUCACGGUCUUCAACGAGUUUGGAAAAGACCCCAGACGGAAGCGAGGACAACGGGAAUCCCAACGGCAGCCAGCUGCAUCUUCCGCUCGUUGAAGAGGACUCUGAGGAGGAGCAGAUCAUCAAGCCGUACUCUCUCCCAUCCAUACGGGAACUUUUCCGCGUUUUGGUGGACCUCCUGGACCCUGACGAUCGACAGCACAAUGACACCAUGAGGAUCAUGGCUCUCCGGAUCGUCGACGUCGCGCUCGAGGUUGCGGGUCCCUCAAUUGCAAGUCACCCAAGUCUUGCAUCUCUGGCCAAGGACACUCUUUGUCGCCACAUUUUCCAGCUCGUUCGGUCGGAAAACAUUGCAGUGCUGAACGAGUCGUUGAGAGUAGCGUAUACUCUAUUGGCCACGUGCAGAGGCGUCUUGAAGCUCCAACAGGAGCUUUUCCUUUCGUACCUUGUCGCAUGCUUAUUCCCUCGUGUUGACAUACCUCAGGAAGCCAAUAUCGACCCUGCGCUCUACGAGGGUGUUCCUCAGGCCCCCAGCUUGGUCAAACCCGCACCCCAGGCAGGAUCAAGCAGCGGUCGAUCUACCCCUGUACCAGUGAAAGAUAGGCAGAGGCUUGGGUUGGAAGGUGGCGCCAGGAAACCCGAUGCAAGAGAAGCUAUGGUGGAGAGUGUGGGAGCUCUGUGCAGGAUACCUUCCUUCAUGGUCGAGCUAUUUGUCAAUUACGAUUGCGAGGUCGAUCGAAGCGACCUGUGCAUGGACAUGAUUGGAUUGCUAUCACGCAAUGCCUUCCCGGAUUCUGCCACAUGGAGUACGACCAACGUACCACCCCUCUGCCUCGACGCUCUUCUCGGAUUUAUCCAAUUGAUAGCAGAUCGGCUGGAAGACGAACCGCAGACGGAGGGCCUCCCAGAUGCUGAGCAUUUGGUGCGACAGAGAGAGCAGAAGAAGACCAUCAUCCGUGGCGCCAAGAAGUUCAACGAAAAGCCCAAGGGUGGUAUUGCGUUCCUGGUGUCUCAAGGAAUCAUUGACAACCCGGACAACCCGAAGUCGGUCGCAGACUUCCUCAAGGGAACAACAAGAUUGGACAAAAAGGUACUCGGCGACUUUAUCUCAAAGAAGGAAAACGAAGCGAUUCUGGCUGCCUUCAUGGAGACAUUCGACUUUAGUGGCCAGCGAGUCGAUGAAGCUCUACGACAGCUUCUCAACACUUUCCGUUUGCCAGGAGAGUCGCAGUUGAUUGAGCGCAUCGUUACCGAGUUUGCCGCGAAGUACUGCGGUGAAAAGCCUCCCGAGGGCAUCGCGGACAGAGAUUCCGUUUAUGUUUUGACGUAUGCCAUCAUCAUGCUGAACACCGAUCAGCACAAUCCAAACCUCAAGGCGCAGAAGCGCAUGGCCCUGGAGGACUUCGCUCGGAACCUGCGCGGAGUCAAUGGCGGGCAGGACUUCCCGCUUGAAUACCUCGGAGAGAUUUACGACUCUAUCAAGACAAGAGAAAUCAUUCUCCCAGAGGAGCACGAUAACAAGCACGCCUACGACUAUGCUUGGAAGGAGCUCCAGAUGAAGGUCCAGACAACCUCGGAUCUCGUCAUUUGCGACACCAACAUCUUUGACGCAGACAUGUUUGCUGCGACGUGGAAGCCGAUCCUUGCGACCCUGUCUUUCGUGUUCAUGUCGGCAUCAGACGAUGCUGUGUUCUCGCGCGUGGUCACUGGUUUCUAUCAGUGCGCUCAGAUUGCGGCAAAGCAUGGCCUGACCGAUUGCAUUGACCGGAUCGUAUUUUGCUUGAGCAAAAUCAGCACUUUGGCACCUGAUGUUCCCCCUAGCACGUCCUUGAACACAGAAGUCCAGGCCGACAAGAAGAGCGAGAAGAUCAUGGUCAGUGAGACGGCUGUCCGUUUCGGUCGUGACGACAGGGCGCAAUUGGCCACUGUCUUGCUUUUCCGUAUUAUUCAUGGUAACGAAGCCUAUAUCAGAGAUGGGUGGAACCAGCUCGUGCAUGUUAUGCUCAAUCUAUUCAUCAACUCCCUGAUACCCUCGUCUUUCUCAUCGAUACCCAAUGCUCUCGAGCUGCCUCCCAUCCCUCUUCAAAAUCCUGCACAGGUCAUCGACCGCGAGCAGAGGCAAAACGAAACUAGUCUCUUCUCUACCUUCGCUUCAUCGAUUUUUAGCUUUGCGAACGACGAGCCGCCGGAGCCAUCGGACGCAGAGAUCGAAUACACUCUUUGCACGAUAGAUUGCGUGAACUCAUGCGAUUUUCCAGAAGUCUUCUCGAACAUCAGUCGCAUGCCCAUCGACUCCCUGCAGUCUAUCCUGGAUUCACUUCUCGCCCAGAUACCCGAGGAUUCUUCGCCUCGCGUCAUUACUGUGAAGCCUGAGCUACCAGCACCGACUCCUAUACGACCAAAUGGCAGUAAGAUAAGGAGUCAGAGCCCGCAGUACGAUCCUUCUCUCGUCUUUGCACUCGAGCUGGCGACGGUCCUCGCGUUGAGAGACGCCGAGGCUACUGAGAAGCUUGGGAAGAGCGUCGCCGAUGCGCUGCAAACGGUGCUCCGCGAUAACAAUGUGCAUCCGGUUGUGCUGUCGCGAACGGUGUACUACCUCCUCAAGCUUCUGCGCGAGAGCAACGAUCACGACUACAUUCGUGCUCCGGUGAUUCUGCACACGUUUGCUACGUUCGACCAGGACGUUUUGAAGCAGGUCGCGUCGACUCUGCUCAAGGGCUUGUUGGAUUGCAUCAAUGGGCCCAUCAGUCUGCGCAACGAGCUCGUCAACUCGCCCGACUUCUGGACACUUCUACGCACACUCCACACCUCGCCGGAAGUCGCGGCCGAUGUUUUCCAAGUGACUGAGAGCCUUACUCUCUCUAACCCUCCGGGCAUCUGCGCGGACAAUUACGAGGCGGCCAUAGCGUUACUCAACGACUUUGCUACUGCGGGAAGCGCUGGUGCGAUCGAGGAGCAACGCGGGGACGCCAAGAGGCAGAGGGGCAAGGGCGUCAAGCAGAAGAAGACUCAAACCAACGAGGUCGUUCUUCGCGGGUCGAAGGCCAUGAACAUUGUUUUCCAGCUCACCAGUCGCGUCCCCCAGUUCAUCGAGCAGUCCCAGCUUGAGACCAAUGAAGCUUGGAACGCUUAUUGGUCACCUAUCUUCCAAUGCCUCACGAACCAAUGCUUGAACCCAUGCCGUGAAAUCAGGCACCAGGCUCUCGGGUCACUGCAACGGACGCUUCUCUCGAACGACCUCGCCUCGGCGGACCACAAGGAAUGGACCAAGAUCUUCGGCGAGGUGCUCUUCCCGCUCAUCAACCAACUCCUGAAGCCCGAGACGUACCAGAGCGAUCCCGGCGGCAUGGGCGAGACGAGGGUGCAAGCUGCCACUCUGCUCUGCAAAAUCUUCCUGCACUACCUCGUGGCACUGUCCGAGUGGGACGGAAUGCUGGACCUGUGGCUGAAGAUCCUCAGCAUCAUGGAUCGGUUGAUGAACAGCGGGCAAGGCGACAACCUGGAGGAAGCGGUGCCCGAGUCUCUCAAGAACAUAUUGCUGGUCAUGUCCAGCGGCGGCUACCUGGCGUCGCCCGACGAGAAGCCGGAGCAGGAGGAGCUGUGGCGCGAGACGUGGACCAAGCUCGACCGGUUCUUGCCCAACCUCAUGUCGGAAGUGUUCCCCGAGGAGGCGGAGAAGAGGAUGAAGGGCAGCAGCCAUCAUCAUCAUCAUCAGAAGAGGCUGAGCGUGGCGCAGGGUGCGAGCGCGAGGCCGAGCGUCGAUGCGAGCGCUACGGCCGUGGCGUCGGCGGAGAAGGAGAAGGAGGUUGAGGAGGAGGAGGAGAAGGAGAAGGGUGAAGGUAAUGUUGAGGGCGAGGCUGAAGGUGAAAGGGCGGCGGCAGACGAGAAAGCGGAAUAG